CGUCAAAAGUUAUCGUCGGAAAAUUUGUUGACGCCAGAAGUAAAAAUGGUAAAAAUUACAACCCAAAUCCAAAUGCGACGGAUGGUCGAGCUCAUGGAGGAAAACGAGCACCUCGCAAAAAACUACAAAAGAGGUUAUGAAAAGUCUUUGGGGUGGGAGUCUGUUGCUGAGAUUUUAAAUAGUCUUGGGCCACCUAUGAGAAAAGGAAAGGAGUGGCAGAAAGUCUGGUUUGACGCCAAGUUUAAAGUUAAACAAAAGCUCUUGUUUAACAAAAAAGAAAAUGAAGCUACAGGAGGAGGGCAAUACAAAAAAAAAACUUUUAAUGACUUGGACGAAGCCAUAAUAAGGAUAUUGUCGUUGGACUUGGUAGUCAAUCCGACAGGAUACGCCGCAGGUGGUUCAUUUCAUUUUGCGUCCCGAUCCCCAAUCGCCCAAUCGACCCCGCUGAAAUCUGCAAAUGUUUCAACGGCAAAUAUUACAAUAGCCACAAAUGCAUCAUCGUGCCCAGUAAAUGAUAUGCCUAUUGAAAUAAUUAGCGGGGUCGAUGAUGAUUUGACACACAUUUUGGGCGAAUUUGAGAAGCAGGAAAAUGAUGAAGAGUUGUGUGAUGAAGCUCCGAGGCCCAGACCAAUAAAAAAGGAAAAGGAAAAUGUUUUUGAAACUAUGCUGAAAAAACAAACUGAGGUUCAGGAAAAAUUAUUUUCUAAAAUGGAAGAAACCUUGAGAGACAUAAAUCAAAAGCUGGGAGAAAAUGUGACAUCGAUUUCUGGCAUCGAAAAGCAUCUCAAUGAAUGUGCAAGAUAUGAAAGGAAAAACUUUCAUCUCCGAGAAGAGAAUCUUAAAAUGGUUAAGAUACAAAUGGAGCGCGAUGUCAGGCAAAGAGUGCAAUCGAAUAAUUUAAAAAUAAAAGACUUGGAAGUUAGAAAGAAGCAGCUUGAACUCGAGGAACGUAAACUUGUUUUAAUUAAUUACAUACUUUGAAUCGGGCAAAUCAAAAGGAUUUGCUUUAGAUCGAAUAUAUCUUCUAUGCACUAUCAAAUCUUGCUUUUUUUUUCUUCCUCUUCGUCGUCACUACGAAUCCACGAAAAAUAACUUGCUACACUAUACAUUUUUCCGUUUCUUUUUGUAUUUACAAGAAAUUUAAACAAAUUUUACAAAUUAAAUUUCAGAAAAGAAAUU